AUGCCCUCGCCCCUGGCCCUACGCCCCCACCUCCCCAGAGAGUUUUCCCCGUCGGUGGACGCGCGGCCCUGCAGCAGUCCCUCAGAGCUCCCUGCGAAGCUGCUUCUGGGGGCCACUCCUCCUCGGGCCCCGCGGCUGCCGCGCCGCCUGGCUUGGUGCUCAAUUGACUGGGAGCAGGUGUGCUUGCUGCAGAGGCUGGGAGCCGGAGGGUUUGGCUCGGUGUACAAGGCGACUUACCACGGUGUUCCUGUGGCCAUAAAGCAAGUGAACAAGUGCACCAAGAACCGACUAGCAUCUCGGCGGAGUUUCUGGGCUGAGCUCAACGUAGCAAGGCUGCGCCACGAUAACAUCGUGCGCGUGGUGGCUGCCAGCACGCGCACUCCCGCGGGGUCCAACAGCCUAGGGACCAUCAUCAUGGAGUUCGGUGGCAACGUCACUUUACACCAAGUCAUCUACGGCGCCGCCGGCCACCCUGAAGGGGACGCGGGGGAGCCUCACUGCCACACUGGAGGACCGUUAACUUUGGGAAAGUGUCUCAGGUACUCCCUAGAUGUUGUGAACGGCCUGCUCUUCCUCCACUCGCAAAGCAUUGUGCACUUGGACCUGAAGCCCGCGAACAUCUUGAUCAGUGAGCAGGAUGUCUGUAAAAUUAGUGACUUCGGUUGCUCUGAGAAGUUGGAAGAUCUGCUGUGCUUCCAGACACCCCUAUACCCCCUAGGAGGCACCUACACCCACCGCGCCCCGGAACUCCUGAAAGGAGAGGGAGUGACGCCCAAAGCCGACAUUUAUUCCUUUGCCAUCACUCUCUGGCAAAUGACUACCAAGCAGGCGCCCUAUUCGGGGGAGCGGCAGCACAUACUGUACGCAGUGGUGGCCUACGAUCUGCGCCCGUCUCUCUCCGCUGCCGUCUUCCAGGACUCGCUCCCCGGGCAGCGCCUUGGGGACGUCAUCCGGCGCUGCUGGAGACCCAGCGCGGCGCAGAGGCCGAGCGCGCGGCUGCUUUUGGUGGAUCUCACCUCUUUGAAAGCUGAAUUCGGCUGACUGAAAACCUGGGUCAAGAUAAGCUUGUGUCUGAUUCUGUUUGUUUUUAAAGGAAGUGGAGAUGUCGAAGAAAACAUAUUUGUGGGAUGGAGUUUUAGAAAAUAAA